AUGGUUAAACGAUGUAUGAUAAUGAUUUUAUUACUUGAUGGUAUUUUAGGUUUCGAAUAUCCAGAGAAAUGUGGCACUACUAAUCUAACAAAUGGGAAAAUUCAAUUUAAAAUAAUGGGCGGAGAAAAUGCAUCACCUGGAGAAAUGCCAUGGGCUGUAGCAUUAUUUCAUGGCCGUAUAUAUGUGUGUACUGGAACACUGAUAUCACAAAAGCAUGUUAUCACAGCCGCACAUUGCUUUAAAAGAAUUUUUGCCACAAAGCCCUGCAAUGUAUCUUUUGGUUAUUACCAAGAAGAAUCUCUUAAAAAGUAUACUGUUUUAUAUGGUAGUAAUUGCAUACAACAACGAAAUGGAAAUUUAUGCAAUAAUGCACCAGAAAUGAAAUUGAGCGGAAUUAUUAGGGCGCAAUAUGGACGAUUUUUUAAUGAGAAAUGUCUAAUGGCAGAUUUUGCAUUGCUAGAAUUGGAGGACACAAUUGAAGGACCAUUAACUAAUUAUAUUUGCUUAGGACAUCGAAAUAUUAUCAGAAAAGAAGAUCAAAUACGAUUAACUGGUUAUGGUUGGGGUUCUAUUCCAUCUUCUGAUGGUGAAGAGCUAGCGAAUAAUUUACAACUGGUCAAUUUUCCAAAGACAAUGAAUCGACUAAAAUGUUUGAAAAUAUCGAAAACAGAGGAUGCAAUUUGCGCAAUAGAAAGUAGGGUGGCAAGUACAUGUCGGGGCGACAGUGGAGGUGGUUUAGUUGUGCUUGGAUCAACUGGUCAGUGGUCAUUACUUGGUGUUCUAUCUUAUGGAACAGAAUGCAAGGAAUUACGACGAGGUAAUCCACCACGAGCUCAAGUGUACACUGAUAUUUCAUUAUAUGCUAUGGAUAUUGAUAUAUUCACUGGUUAUGAUACCGUUCUUCGAGAUUUAUAUCUUAAACAUUUGUCAUGA